AUGGCCUCUAUGGCAGUUCUCAUUGUCUGGGCUUGUGAAUGCUUGGCUUUUAUUCGAUAUUACCAUUGCAUUACGACCCAUCGGAAAAUUCUCAGAGACAAAGGCGUACUCCAAGUCGAGCGGGACGAUUAUAACGAAUAUCCAUAUCGCAGUCACGGACAGCCGCUGUUGGCUUACCUAGCCUUCUCAGGCUGUCUUUUUCUCCUUGUGAUAGCUGGUGGAGCUGCCCUAUGGAAAGGAUUCCAUCUUCUCCCUUUCGUUGCUCCGUACUUGACUAUCUUUGUCUUCUUUGGGCUUUGGGCUGUGCUCAAGUUCGCUCGGAAGGCCAGAUGGGUCUUUGUAGAUCUUUCUGAUGGGCAUAUGGUUGCCAAGAAAUUGCAAAAAUUGCAUGAGAUCCGUGGUGCAACACAGACAUAA